UGUAAGCAGCCUGAAGCUGUUUGUUGCUGCAGGCGUUGCUAUUUACAGAUGCAACCAUGAUGGACUAAAGCAGAGUGUGGUCACUUGUACCAAAAUUGCUUUGCUGCUUUUUUUUUCCCCCCCCUCUCCUGGAAAUCGCAUUGCCGUCUGCAGGCUCUCUAGCAGGCUGAUCCCCUGCUCUGGUGGCAGGGACUGCUUGUAGUCAUGUUGGCUAAAAAUACAUAUCAACAUAGUAAAACACAUCCGUACCCUAGUUCUUACUAGAGAAACAUGGAAAUGUAGUAGCUCUUUUCCAGUGCUAACGGAUAAGUCACUGUGUCUCUGUGCGGUUUUCCGUGCCACGGUAGCACCGUUGGGGCUGGGAUAGUAGAUAUCCCCGCAUAACGAGGUGGGAUUACUCGGGGUGGUUUAACAGAUGCCGGCGACGUCUCGCUUCCAGGAUGUGCGACAGGAACGGCGGGAGACGGCUCCGGCAGUGGCUGAUUGAGCAGAUCGACAGCGAGCUCUACCCUGGGCUGAUCUGGGAAAACGAGGAGAAAACCAUGUUCCGCAUCCCCUGGAAACACGCUGGGAAGCAGGAUUACAACCAGGAGGUGGAUGCCUCUAUUUUCAAGGCCUGGGCCGUCUUCAAAGGCAAGUUCAAAGAAGGUGACAAAGCAGAGCCAGCCACCUGGAAGACGCGGCUCCGCUGUGCCUUGAACAAGAGUCCUGACUUUGAGGAGGUGACAGACAGGUCCCAGCUGGACAUCUCUGAGCCCUACAAGGUCUACCGGAUCGUCCCAGAGGAAGAGCAGAAGUGCAAAAUAGGCAUCAUGAACGGGAACAGCUUGACUGAAGUCACGGACAUGGACUGCAGCCCCUCUGCAAUAGAUGACCUAAUUAAAGAGCCCCCCUGUGUAGAUGAAUACUUGGGUAUCAUCAAGAGAAGCCCCUCACCUCCUCAGGAGACUUGCAGAAACCCCCCAAUACCAGACUGGUGGGUGCAGCAACCCAGCCCUGCUUUGCCCCUGAUGAAUGGAUACUCUGGCUAUGAGCAGCAUCAUUCAGGUUACUCCCAGAUGGUGAUCAGCUUCUAUUAUGGAGGGAGGCUGGUUGGCCACAUCACCACCUCUUACCCUGAAGGCUGCCGGAUCUCGCUCAGCCAGCCCUCCAGCCACAGUGAGAAGCUCUAUGCCCCAGAUACCCUGGAGCAUGUGAGGUUCCCGUCGGCUGAAGCGAUCCAGAACGACCGCCAGAAGCAGAUCACAAAGAAGCUCUUUGGGCACCUGGAACGAGGCGUCCUGCUGCACAGCAACAAACAAGGCAUUUUCAUCAAGAGGCUGUGCCAAGGCAGGGUCUUCUGGAGCGGGAACACCAUGGUGUACAAGGACAGGCCCAACAAACUGGACCGGGAUGAAGUAGUGAAGAUAUUUGACACCAACCAGUUCUUCCGAGAGCUGCAGCAGUAUUACAACAACCAAGGCCGCUUCCCAGAGAGCAGAGUCAUGCUGUGCUUUGGAGAGGAGUUCCCAGACGCAGUGCCGCUGCGGUGCAAGCUCAUCCUUGUUCAGGUACGGCAACGCUUUGAGAAGAAUGCCCUUGGGAGCUCUGCUCCUGAUGCCUAGCUAUGUUUUCUGCCGUUUUUUGAGCUGUAUUGCUCUCUUUGGUGGGGCUGGAGCUGGGGCUGGGCCCGUGGGAGUUACGGGCCAUUUGGGUGCCUAAAUUGGUGGAGUAGUGGGUGGAGCAUGAAUAUUAUACAAAGCCUCCUGAGAGGUGCUUGGGCUGCUCUUUCUGAGACCCCUUGGACCAUCUGGUUAGAUCACAUUGGCGAACAAAGCCCCAAGAUGGCUUGCAGUUUAAAAAGCUUUCCUAAACUACUAGGAGAUCUAUUCAGUCUCCCUUCACCCUGGUCCCGCUCCUCCCUGCCUGACUCCCACGUACUCAUCACUUCUCGCCUUGGUCAGCUCAGCUGCAUCUCUCCCACCUCUUACACCCUCCUGACUGGCUCGGUGGAGUGUGGAUGGAGGCAAUGGGAGAUGCUUCAAGAUGCUGCUCUUUUUUCAGUGUCUUCAUGCUUGUGUG